AUGACGACUGCAGUGCAGUCGGGUGAACUAGUGUUUGAAUUUGCCAGCAACGGGAUGGAUGAAAUCAAUCAGCUGGACGACCCGUCGGUGUUCCCAGCGGUGAUCGUGGAGCAGGUGCCGGCCGCUGACCUUCUGCAGGUUUACUCCGGCCUGGAGUCUGAUGACGUCACCAACGGCAUCAUGGUGGACACCACGCUGCAUGUGGUGGAAGAGCCCUCUCUGCUCGGAGGAGGGGUCAACCUCUCUGAAACAACCGUGUCUGGGGCCGAGGACAGCAUGGAGACGAGUGAAGCAGCCGCAGCACUUCUCAACAUGGAGUCUCCAAAUAAUAUCCUGGACGAAAAACGGAUGAUUCACACGUUCGGCAUGCUGGAAGCAGAUCUGACAUACGCCUCACUCAGACCUGACCAAAUUGACAACAGCGUCCUUGAUAUGUCCCUCGACGAGGACACUUCUUCCAUGGAUGAGAUCCCACAAAGAUGCCAUUUCAAACCACAAAAGAGAACCAAAGUGCGGAAGCCUCGACCGGUGCGCCCCUGUUCUCCCAUCACCAACCCAAGCCUGCCCCUCAAAAAGAAGAGCAAGGAGGGUAAAGGCAACACCAUCUACCUGUGGGAAUUCCUUCUGGCCCUACUGCAGGAUAAAAACACCUGUCCCAAAUACAUCAAGUGGACACAGCGGGAAAAAGGCAUUUUUAAGUUGGUGGACUCCAAGGCCGUUUCCAAGCUCUGGGGCAAACACAAAAACAAGCCUGACAUGAAUUAUGAGACGAUGGGGAGAGCUCUCAGGUACUACUAUCAGCGAGGAAUUCUGGCGAAAGUGGAGGGUCAGCGCCUUGUUUACCAGUUUAAAGAAAUGCCCCCUGAUUUGGUCAUCAUAGAGGAUGAAGACCCAGGCUCUGAUGUGAACUACGGAAACCAAAGAUCCACCAACGGGAGGUCAGGGGCGCGCAGGAGCAACAGUCGGGCUCACGGCCAGCACCAUGUCCAGGGCAGGAGCAUGAAGAAGGAGCCCGUGGACGAAUUCUUUUAUGCAGAAAUCAAAGAGGAGGAAUUCGACGAGCAGCUACCAUCUUUUCACUUGCUGCAAGCCAGUCAAGGUGCUCUUAUUCAUGACCCCUCACACGCGCUGAGGAACAUCAGCACUCCCACUUCUGUGCCUAUGGUUCUUACUUCAUCCGGAUCUCUGCACUCCAUGCCCCUCACAGUUCUGGCCAAUGGAGACUCUGCCACCUCCUCCCCCCCGCGGGUCAUACUCCACACUGUGUCCUCUGCCACAGCUGCAGGGAAGGAGAUGCUCCUCCAGACAGCCUCUCUAACAGGUGGUGCCAGCAGUCUACAAGAUGGUCUACUUGUCACAAGCCUGAGCCCCUCUGUGUGCUCCGCCUCCAUCUCCUCUGCAUCUACUCCAGGAGUCAUUAGUUCCACUGCUUCAAACAUCAACGGGCUGCCGCGCCUGGUCACUAUCAACACCACGAGUGGGCAGACUAUGGUGGCCCAGCAGCCGGGCACGGUCAUUGCUACAGUGCUCAAAUCCAGUGACUUCUCUGGGCUGCAGGUCAAAGAGGAGAUGUUGGACCCGAGCUACUUCCAGUCGAUAGUGAACGGUGACCCAUCACUGGCAGCAAAUACAUUUGAGAAGCUGGAUGAGCCCGAGCUGUCUUACCGGACUGUGAUCAUUGACAGCGGUCACCAGCAGGGCCCUGACGCUGGGUGUGAAACUCUAAUGAAUGGACAUGUCUCCCAGAGAAGCAGCCCCAGUGAAGGCCUAACUCCUGUGGUAGAGCUGGAGGUGCACGAGGAGACGUCUCUACAGCCUCAACACACUCUCAAAAGCCUGCACGAGCUGCCUUUAUCUCUGCAGCUGCCUGCAAACUUUAUCCAGAUAAAGGCUGAGUCUGCAGAGGCCUGA